GUUUAUUCCGCACUGAUUUAGAGAGUCGAUUGGGACUGUCGGGUCCUUCUUUACUUGUCUGUUUGUUCAGCAGCAUCCGACUGCUUCGUGUUGUACGAUAAAAUUUCAUUUCGGUUGACUGCAGCGUGUACUCUGCAUCAGCCAAUGAGCUUAUGCAUUGACACCGCCAUCGCCCGCCCUCUCAAUGCGUCUUGCCAGCAAAUUGAAACAGGUUUCCACGAAGUACAUUCAUAGGCACACCCUACCAUCUAUGUGGCGGCCUUCCCGCAAAAGGUCACAUAAUUACACCUUACAAGAGUCGCUAGAAUGGAGCCUUUAGACGAGCCAGCCCACGAAAGGGAACCUCUUAUCCCCAGAGAUUUACCACAGGAUUCGACCUUAAGCCGCUCUCCGCCACGGCCCCAUAAUGGCGUCGAGACACGGCACUGGACGUCCGAUCCCGGUAAGCCGGCGGUAGGAUCUGUAGAUACCCGGCGGUCAACGAACACGCUCCCCCAGAUCGCUGCAGCCAUGUUCUCGUUUAUCGUGCUGGGCAUGCUGGUCUCGACGCUCGGGGUCAUGGUUCCCCGGUUCGAAGCGUAUUAUCAUCUCACCGAUUUAAAGGUCUCGGCUAUCUUCCUCGUUUGGCCUGUUGGGUACGUAGUUACUUCGUACCUCAACGGCGCGAUCCAUUCGCGGUUCGGGAGGAGGGGAGUCGCUGCUGUCGGGCCCCUUUUUCAUAUCGUGCUGGCCGCGGUUGCGGCGAUGCAUCCUCCGUUCCCGGUGUUGUUGGUUGCGAUGGCGGUUGGUUCUCUCGGGACGGGCGUCCUAGACGGCUCGUUUUGCGCUUGGGCCGGAGGCAUGGAGAACGCGAAUGUGGUGCAGGGGUUCUUGCACGGCUCGUACUCGGCGGGUGCGGCUUUGGGACCGUUUCUUGCUGGGACUAUGCUUGAGGUUGGACAUCUGCCAUGGUAUGCUUGGUAUUAUGUUCUUCUCGGCGCCUCCAUAAUCGAAUCCCUAACCCUCCUCCUCGCCUUCCGCCUCGACGACGCAGAAACAUACCACUCCUCCCACACCACCCAAGACACCACCCCUUCUCCCACCUCUAAAACCGCUAUCUUCAAACAUCCCGCAACCUGGAUCUGCGCGCUCUACUUCCUCGCCUGCGUCGGCACCGAAAACGCUAUAUCCGGCUGGAUCGUCGUCUUCAUGACCCGCGGCACCCGCUCCUCGCCCUACCUCGCCAGCCUCACCUCCUCCCUCUUCUGGGUCGGCCAGGCCCUCGGCCGCGUCGUCCUCGGCGCCCUUGCCAACGACCGUCUCGGCGUUCGCGCUGCGACGAUCGUGUACCUCCUCGCGGCCCUUGUCUUCGAAGCCCUGUUCGCGUGCAUCCGCGUCCCGGCUUUCGAGGCCGCUAUGGUGGCGCUGCUUGGGUUCUGUCUUGGUCCGCUGUUCCCGUCCGGCGUGUUUGUGCUAGCACGGUUGUUGCCGAGGGAGUUGCAUGUUGCCGCUGUUUCGUUCGUCGUUUUGGUUGGACAGGUUGGUGGCGCGGGGUUCCCGUUUGCGCUUGGGGCGCUGGUGGAAACGUUGGGGAUUCGUGUUUUUCAGGCCGUGGUUUUUGCGCAGAUUUUGGCGACGUUGGUGGUUUGGUUGGCGUUCCCGAGGUUGCCGCCGCCGCCGCUGGAGGAUGAGGGGUGUGAAUAA